AUGAUUUUUGCGUUGUAUGUGCGCAACGUUCAAGCCCCAAAUUUUGCUGACUGCGGUGUUUUCGUGCCCGAGCAGGGAACAGUAUUACCUGGAUUGAUCAACUCAGGCUGCCAUAAGAAUGUGCACAGGAGUAGUAUUUCACACAUUAAUCCAGCACUCCAAAUGCAAAACCCACCAUCAAGGGGUGCUCCACCUGCACUCAGAACUUAUAUUAGGAUUGUGGAAACAGGAGAUCGGCCCAGUGUUGCAGUGGUGGUGGCCGCAUUGAAAGCUUGCAGCAUUUCACAAGACAUAGAAUCCGGCAAGAAAAUCCACAGCAUAGAAGCCAGGUUCGGUGAGAGAAGCCUUGACGUUCGUGUUGCGAGCACGUUAAUAGACAUGUACUCCAAGUGUGGAAACUUGGUUGAGGCCACCAGAGUUUUCCAGAGUGUCCGAGAGCGUAGAUCAAUCGUCGUUUGGAAUUGUAUCAUCAAAGCUUGUGCCGAGAAUCAAAAUGGCGAGCUUGGCUUAGAGCUCUUCUCGCAGCUGAGAGAAGAAGCCAGAAUUCCAGCAAAUUUCGUGACUUAUCUUGCUGCUCUACGUGCUUGCAUUGCUCUUGCAGACAAGGAGAAGAAAACUCUUGUUGGUGCGGAGCUUGUCAAAGCACAGAGCUUGAAACGAGGGCGAGAUCUACAUGCCCAAGCAGCAGCCAGUGGUGAUGAUACACACAUUUUCGUGGCAAACUCUUUGGUGGAUAUGUAUGCAAAAUGUGGGAGCUUGGGCGAUGCUCGACGAGUUUUUGACAGGAUCACGCAGCGCACGGUUGUUUCAUGGACAGCAAUGAUCCAGGGGUACGCAGAGCUUGGCCAUGGCGAACUUGCUUUGGAUCUCUUUGACGAGAUGCAAUCGAGUGAAUGCUAUCCAAACAAUGUUACAUUUGUUGCUGCUCUCAAAGCUUGUGUGAAUGUUCUAGUAACAAGGAAAGAUCAAAUGGAAAAUCAACAAGAGAAGAUUAGAGAUGUUUUGAGAAAGGGGCGAUCGAUCCACUCUCAAGCUCUCAAACAUGGCCAUGGAAAUCAUCCCUUUGUAGCGAGCUCGCUGGUGGAAAUGUAUGCAAGGUGUGGAAGCAUGGAAGAAGCUAAUGGUGUGUUUGAGAAAAUAAUGACUCCCGACUUGGUGUCUUGGACAGGGAUGAUAUCAGGGUACGCCCAGAAAGGUGACACAGGUAGAACGAUUGAGUUUUUCUCUCGAAUGCUUGACAAGGGGAUUCAAGCUGACACAAUCACAUAUGCAGCAGUAUUACAUGCACUGGCAGGAGCUAAUAAUAAGGUGGCAAAGGCUCAACAUGGCAAACAAGUUGUUCUAGCAAGAGUUGUGAGGAGUGGGAUUGAAUCUAACAUUGUUAUGGGGAAUUGUGUGCUAGAUUUUUAUGCCAAGUGUGGGGAAAUGCUGGGCGCCCAGCAAGUUUUUGAUUGUAUGGUAGACAAAGACACAGUCUCUUGGAAUUGUCUUAUAGCAGGCUAUGGUGAAUGUAAAGAGGGCAAAAUGGGAUUGAAGAUCUUUGAGAUGAUGAGAAACGAGGGAUGGAAACCAGAUGCUAUCACUUACCUUGCCGUGCUCAAGGCUUGUGUGAGUCUAGCUGAGAGUUUAAGCAAAGAACAUGAGAAAGAUCACGAGCUAAGUUCCAAGCUCAAAGAAUGCCAUAAGAUGGAAACUGACAAGCUACAAUCAAAAGUGAGAGAAAUCCAUCGUGAAGCUUGGAAGGAUGGACUGGAAUGCAAUGUUUUUGUCGCUAGCCGGCUUGUAGAAACAUACGCAAAGUGUGGGGAUAUGGAAGACUCUCGCAAAGUGUUUGAAAAUAUGAGACAGCGAGAUCUAGUGUCCUGGAACUGUAUGAUCACGGGUUAUGCCGAGUGUGGACAAGAAGAAAUGGCUCUGAAGCUCUACUAUAGAAUGCGCGACGAAGAAGGAAUUCCUCCAAAUCCAGUGACUAUCUUGGCUGCUCUAAAGGCCUGUGCUGCCUUGUACGUAAACCAAUCUCUCGUGGAUAAAAAUAUGUGUUUGGAGAAAGCUGGAGAGUUUCAUUUGGAUGCGAGGCGAUAUGGAUUGGAAGAACAUGUUUUUGUAGCGAGUAGCUUAGUGGAUACUUACGUCAAGUGUGGAAGCCUGGCGAAGGCUUGCCAAGUUUUUGAAAAGAUUUCCAAUCCAAAUGUGGUGGCAUGGACUUCGAUCAUCCGAGGCUAUGCGGAGGGUGGUGAUGCCGAGAAAGCUCUCGAUCUCUACUCGAGAAUGCGAGCUUCCGGAGUAUCAUCUGAUGCCACAACUUUCACGGCAGUUCUCAAGGCCUGUGGAAACUAUGGAGCUCUUGAAACUGGUAGGAAGAUCGAGGCCGAGGUCCGAAACGCUGGACUUCACAAGAACUUGAUGGUGGUGAACUCAAUCAUCGAUUUCUACGGCAAAUGUGGAAGCAUUGCUGAGGCAGAAGAAAGAUUUUCCCUUGUUGGGGACGAGGAGAAGGACUUGAUCACUUGGAACUCGAUGCUGGAUGGAUACAGUCGCCAGGGAGAUGCCGCCAGUGCAUUUAAUUUACUAAAGAGUUUGGAAGAACAGGAGCUGCUGGAACCAAACGAGAUAACUUUCUUGAGUGUUCUCUCCGCUUGCAAUCACGCUGGUCUCGUCACGGAAGGAAAGAGCUACUUUGAGAGGAUGGUGACGCUGUAUGGAUUGAAACCAAGUCUCAAACACUAUGGAGUGAUGGUGGAUUUGCUUGGGCAGGCGAAUAAGUUGGAGGAGGCACUGGCUAUGGUGCUGGAGCUCGGGGACAGAGAAAACGUUGUACCUUUGUGGAUUUGUUUGCUGGAUGCGUGCUGCAAAUGGAAGAACGAUGCUAUUGGAAAAACUUGUUUCGAAACGCUGCAAAGAUUGGAGGGACUGGGAGUGGUGGACACAAGCUCUGGAAGCUAUGUGUUGAUGUCAAACUAUAUAUGCUCGCGUCAAAGGUGA